AAUUACUGCAGAUUACUCUCUCUCCUCCCAUUUGCAGAGUAUUCCGGCGGGAGAGAAGAGAAAGUGUGAGGCUGGAGGAGCACAUGACAGGGCACAGGACAGCCGCACCAGUUCACCCAGUUCAGCAGUGGGCGUGGGGUGAGAGCCUAUGUAUGGAGUCCCACUUUUGUGUUUGAUACUUCCUGUUCUCUAUUUGUUUGUUUUCCACCGCCCGCCGCCCACCCGCCGCCCGUGAUUGGCCUCGGACCGAAGCCCUAAUUGUGUCAGCCAAUGCCCGCCCGCCGCUCAGCCCACCAAGGAGCCUCACGUUGCGUCGGAAGGUUUAUUUUAAGUUGCUUGAGUGCUUGAGACGCCGCGUGAGCCACUAGCAUGAUUCCUCCCGCUGUGGGUGCACGUGUAGCCAUGCAGGGCGGCAGGGGCGUGAUGGGCGUGCUGCACCUGGCCAGGGGAGCCGCGGCGUGCCCCUCACCACGCCGGCACCUGCACCUCACGCAGCACAGACACAGGGCGGUGCUCAUUGACGGCAAGAAGGUGGCAGCGGAGAUCCACAAGGAGCUGGCACAGGAGGCACAGAGUCUGGUGGGCAGCAGAGGCCGCACUCCCCACCUGGUGCUGGUGCGGGUGGGCAGUGACCCCGCCUCGGGCAGCUACGUCAGGAACAAGACUAAGGCGGCGGACAAGAUUGGGAUCCAGAGCACCAUCCACCACCUGCCAGAGGACACCAGCCAGUCCUCCCUGCUGGCCCUGGUGCACCAACUCAACAAUGAUGAUGACGUUGAUGGCAUUUUGGUGCAGCUGCCUCUGCCUGACCACAUGGAGGAGAAAGUGGUCUGCAACUCAGUCACACCACAGAAGGAUGUGGACGGCUUCCAUGUGAUCAACGUAGGGAGGUUUUGUGUAGAUAUGAACAGUAUGGCUCCAUGCACUCCCCUGGGGGUCAUGGAGCUGAUCAGGCGGUAUGGCAUUGAAACGUUUGGCAAGAAUGCCGUGGUGUGUGGCAGGAGCAAGAAUGUGGGGAUGCCCAUCGCCAUGCUGCUCCACGGGGACGGUGUGCGGCCCGACGGUGAGAUGGGCGGCCUGGAUGCCACCACCACCAUCUGCCACCGCUACACUCCACCGGAGCAGCUACGGGCGUUUGUGGCCUCGGCAGACAUCCUGGUGACGGCGGCGGGCCUGCCGGGCCUCAUCACCGGGGACAUGAUCAAACCAGGCUGUGCCAUCAUUGAUGUGGGCAUCAACCGCAUCAUUGACCCAAACACCGGCAAACCCAAGCUGGUGGGAGACUGCCACUUCGACAGCUGUGUGGAGAAGGCCAGCUACAUCACCCCAGUGCCCGGCGGUGUGGGGCCCAUGACGGUGGCUAUGCUGAUGCGCAACACCAUCGUGGCAGCCAAGAGGAGCAUCAAGUAUUAGGUGAAGGUGUUGUGGUCGGUGUAAGUGGCUCAGUAUUAAGGCAAUGGUGUGGCUGCCUUGUGGGGAGUGAGGGUAUGGAAAGGUGCCAUGUAUUCUGGUGACUUUUAUUUGUACUGGACUAUUUAGAGGAUUGAUGGACAGUUCAACUAAGCCUUCCAACCCAAGCCUUCCCAAGAUAAUUGUUUUGAAAGACUAUAUUUGUACUUUGACACGUUUCUAGCAUCAGUAAAACAGCAGAAACAAAGCCAAUCAGUAUUCAUGUCUAGCUCAUAAGGUUUAUGUUAACAAUUGAAAUAAAAAAGAUGUGCCAA